UCGGACGCACGAGACAGGAAGCGCGAUAGCUCGUGUCGGGGCGCGCGACCGGUAACAGGAGUCGGUUGGCGCUCCUCACAGCACGCGGAGGCGAACGAGGAAUCAGCACCAUGGCGGAACAGGAUGUGGAAAACGAGCUUCUGGAUUACGAGGAAGAUGAAGAGCCCCAGGCUCCUCCAGAGAGCGCUCCAGCUGCCCCCAAGAAAGAUGUCAAGGGUUCCUACGUUUCCAUCCACAGCUCUGGCUUCCGGGACUUUCUGCUGAAGCCUGAGCUCCUGAGGGCCAUAGUGGACUGUGGCUUCGAGCAUCCAUCUGAGGUCCAGCACGAGUGUAUUCCACAAGCCAUCCUGGGCAUGGACAUCCUGUGCCAGGCCAAGUCAGGGAUGGGCAAGACGGCGGUUUUUGUGUUGGCCACCCUGCAGCAGAUUGAGCCCGUCAACGGACAGGUGACGGUCCUGGUUAUGUGCCACACUCGAGAGCUGGCCUUCCAGAUCAGCAAGGAGUAUGAGCGCUUCUCCAAAUACAUGCCCAGCGUCAAGGUGUCUGUGUUCUUCGGGGGUCUCUCCAUCAAGAAGGAUGAGGAGGUGUUGAAGAAGAACUGUCCCCACGUCGUGGUGGGGACGCCGGGCCGGAUCCUGGCACUUGUGCGGAACAGGAGCCUCAACCUGAAGAACGUGAAGCACUUCGUGUUGGACGAGUGUGACAAGAUGCUGGAGCAGUUGGACAUGCGGCGGGACGUGCAGGAGAUCUUCCGCCUGACACCCCACGAGAAGCAGUGCAUGAUGUUCAGCGCCACCCUGAGCAAGGAGAUCCGGCCCGUCUGUAGGAAGUUCAUGCAAGACCCCAUGGAGGUGUUUGUGGACGACGAGACCAAGCUCACGCUGCAUGGGCUGCAGCAGUACUACGUCAAACUUAAGGACAGUGAGAAGAACCGCAAGCUCUUUGACCUCCUGGAUGUGUUGGAGUUUAACCAGGUGGUGAUAUUUGUGAAGUCGGUGCAGCGGUGCAUGGCCUUGGCCCAGCUCCUUGUGGAGCAGAACUUCCCAGCCAUUGCCAUCCACAGGGGCAUGGCCCAGGAGGAGCGCCUGUCACGUUAUCAGCAGUUUAAGGACUUCCAGCGGCGGAUCCUGGUGGCCACCAAUCUGUUUGGCCGAGGAAUGGACAUUGAGCGUGUCAACAUUGUCUUCAAUUAUGACAUGCCCGAGGACUCAGACACCUACCUCCACCGCGUGGCCCGUGCGGGUCGCUUUGGUACCAAAGGCCUGGCCAUUACAUUCGUGUCUGAUGAGAAUGAUGCCAAAAUCCUCAAUGAUGUCCAGGACCGGUUUGAAGUGAAUGUGGCAGAACUUCCAGAAGAAAUAGACAUCUCCACAUACAUUGAGCAGAGCCGGUAACCACGUGCCCGGAUGUCCCGGAGCCUCCCUGCUUCCCACGUGUUGCUUCAAGUCCUCUUCCUAGGUGACAGUGGGCCUUUCUUUUUACUGUUCAAAAGCUGUAGAUUUGUGUAAGAAUAAAUUUUUAUUAUGGAA